GUGCAGCCAAAUGGGCGAAAUAGUUUGAUGAUCGGAUGUGUGUUCACUGUUAAACAGGGGUAUUGUAGGCUACAGCGGACGUGGUCUUAUCUGCCGCCACAUUUUCAUUUUCUGUGGAAAGGUGAACGACAUGGAAAGGAGUUCUCCCUUUUUAGCACUAUGCUGAGAUCCCGGGCAGCCUUCCCACAAUGCUUGAACCGGGCUCCUGUUCGGUUAGCUCUCAGUCUCUGACAAUGGGCCACAAUGAUUUGGGGCUACCUAGAGCCCCAUCAGGGUUGGAGUGUCCAGGGGAAGGUCUGGGCAUCGGGGCGAUAUGUGGUAGCAGCAUUCCGAGGCACCACAUCCUUUACUCGUCCCCGACGGACUGUGAGACCUGGCAGAAGCAUCAUGCAGAGCUCGCUGAAGGGUCAAGCCUGUUGUCUGAGUCCCAUUCCCUGUUGGAGCCCCGAAGUCUCUCAACUAGCCAUGACCCCCUCUGCUUCCCACACAUGUCUGGCCAGGCUCCCCCUCUACAUCCUAACCGUCUUGGCCUCUCUCUUGAUGUGGCCUCGACUUCUGAAGUCGGAGGGGGAAUGCUGGGGGUGGAUGGAGAUUUGGCGGCCAGUCCCAACGUGAUGAAGAGACGUCGGGGCGGCCUGAUUGAGCAGAGAGACAUUGUUAAAGCCCACCAGGCUCAUAAGAUUCACAGCACACCACAAGCACGACGCAAGGAGUGGGAAAUGGCCCGGUUUGGAGACGAGGUCCCGGGCUUGUUGAGCCCAGGGGAUGGAGGGUCCGAUCGCAACCGGAACCGCGAUGGGGCGGCCGUGUCCACAGGUGGCCUCUCCCCAGCCUUUAAGCAGACCAAAGCGCAGCGUGCACGCACCAUGGCCUUGUACAACCCAAUCCCGGUCAGGGAGAACUGCUUCACCGUCAACAGGUCCCUCUUCAUCUUUGGUGAAGACAACGUGAUCAGGAAGUACGCAAAGAAAAUCAUUGAGUGGCCUCCAUUUGAAUACAUGAUCCUCACCACCAUCAUCGCCAACUGUAUUGUCUUGGCUCUGGAGCAGCACCUUCCUGGAGAGGACAAAACGCCCAUGUCCAAGAAACUGGAGAAGACAGAGCCCUACUUCAUUGGGAUGUUCUGUUUUGAGGCUGGGAUAAAGAUCAUCGCCCUGGGUUUUGUUUUUCAUAAAGGCUCCUACCUCAGGAACGGAUGGAACGUCAUGGACUUCAUUGUGGUCCUCAGUGGGAUCCUUGCUGCAGCAGGGGCACAUAUGAACAUCUCAGUGGACCUGAGGACCCUGAGGGCGGUGCGAGUGCUCCGACCCCUCAAACUGGUCUCAGGCAUCCCCAGUCUCCAGAUUGUCCUGAAGUCCAUAAUGAAAGCCAUGGUUCCUCUGCUGCAGAUCGGCCUGCUACUCUUUUUUGCCAUCCUCAUGUUUGCCAUCAUUGGCCUGGAGUUUUACAGCGGCAAACUGCACUACACCUGCACGCCACAGCCUGGAAUACUGGAAAACGAAACAGUGGACUCCUCUGAGUACGAGGUCCCGUGUGGCGUGCGUCAGUGUCCUGCCAAAUACACUUGCGGCGAUACUUGGAUUGGCCCCAAUGACGGCAUCACUCAGUUUGACAACAUCCUGUUUGCUGUCCUCACUGUCUUCCAGUGCAUCACCAUGGAGGGAUGGACCACUGUACUCUACAAUACCGAUGAUGCCUUGGGUCCCAACUGGAACUGGCUCUACUUCAUCCCCCUCAUCAUCAUCGGCUCUUUCUUUGUCCUGAACCUGGUGCUGGGAGUCCUUUCUGGGGAAUUUGCCAAGGAGAGGGAGAGGGUGGAAAACCGCAGGGCCUUCAUGAAACUGAGACGCCAACAGCAGAUUGAGAGAGAGCUCAACGGCUACCGGGCCUGGAUCGACAGAGCAGAGGAAGUGAUGCUCGCAGAGGAGAAUAAGAAUUCAGGACCUUCUGCCCUCGAUGCUCUCAGGAGCCUCCCAGAGUGGAGUACAGGUGGUGCUUAUGUGUUAAAGAGAGCCACCACCAUCAAGAAGAGAGGGAUGGAUGUGGUGCAUCGAGGUCAAUCAGGGGAGGAACAACACAGUGACAUCUCCUCUGUGGGCAUCCCCAUGGCCAGAGCAAGUAUCAGGAGUGCCAAGCGAGGUCCAACAGCGUAUUUUCAUCGCAAGGAGCGUCUCCUGCGCAUCUCCAUCCGCCGCGUGGUGAAGACACACACUUUCUACUGGACAGUACUGGGCCUAGUGGCUCUCAACACGCUGUGUGUGGCCAUUGUUCACCACAACCAGCCCCACUGGCUGUCCCACUUCCUCUACUAUGCAGAGUUCCUGUUCCUCGCUCUGUUUCUGACUGAGAUGUUUCUGAAGAUGUACAGUUUGGGGCCGCGUCUCUACUUCCACUCCUCCUUCAACCGCUUUGACUGCAGUGUGAUCGUUGGCAGCAUCUUUGAAGUGCUGUGGGGGUUCUUCAGGCCUGGCACUUCCUUUGGCAUCAGUGUCCUGCGUGCUCUCCGUCUGCUAAGAAUCUUCAAGAUCACAAAGUAUUGGGCAUCUCUGAGAAACCUGGUCGUCUCUCUGAUGAACUCCAUGAAGUCCAUCAUCUCCCUCAUCUUCCUCCUCUUUCUCUUCAUCGUCGUCUUUGCUCUCCUUGGCAUGCAGCUCUUCGGUGGCAGGUUCAUCUUUGAAGACUACACCCCAACAAACUUUGACACAUUUCCUGCAGCAAUCAUGACCGUCUUUCAGAUCCUGACAGGUGAGGAUUGGAACGAGGUGAUGUACAACGGUAUUCGCUCUCAAGGAGGAGUGAAGUCUGGCAUGUGGUCCUCUAUCUACUUUAUAGUGCUAACACUGUUUGGAAACUACACACUGCUGAAUGUCUUCUUGGCUAUUGCUGUGGAUAACCUUGCCAAUGCACAAGAACUUACUAAGGAUGAAGAGGAAGCAGAGGCAGCGUUCAACCAGAAGCAUGCUCUCCAGAAGGCAAAGGAGGUCGGACCGUUGUCGUCCUUCAUGUCUUCAGAGGGAAGCCGGAGGAGGCGGCCCUACCUGUACAGGAAAAGAGCCAUCCAUCGCAGCCGGCCUACCUACUCAUGCUCCCUGGACGAGGGCAGCAUCAGGGAGGGCCGCCCACCCCCACCACUCAACCCCUCUACCUCUUUCAUGUCCAGGAGAGAGAGAAGAACAAGGAUGACCAUGUCAGUGUGGGAACAGAGGACUAGCCAGCUGCGGAGACACCGCCAGAUGUCCAGCCGAGAGAUCCUGUUCAGCAGUCCCAACGAGGAGAAGGACGGGCCUCCUGCUUCAGCCCAGGCCCAACAUGGACAUCCCCAGUCACUGCACCGCAAGGCCAUGGAGCACACACUGUCCGGGAGUUUGAAGCACCUGAGGGAACCCUUAGCCUCCCCAUCCAAGAAUCAGGCUUUAGGCUCCUCCAUGUCUGUGGAUAUGGCCCUGGAUGCCGCCCUCUCUGGCCACAUACCAGAACUCCCAGUGGUUCUGGUACCAGAAUCUUUGGAUCCUACAAACGUGCCCCUUUCUGAUGCUUCUGUGUCUGUGGCCAUACCAGAACCUCCUGAGUCCGACUCCAUUACAGAGAGCAGAAAACUGGGCGUAAAACCGAGUCAAAACACUGUCAGCGAGCGUCGGAGCCCCAGAUUGAAUGGCGAGCGUCAACACAGGGCAGUAAAGAAGUUCAGGCCACCGGAUAACCUUGACACAAUGACUCCUGAGAUGGGAGGUCAUGGUGGGAUCAGGGGCAGAAGGGUGCUACAUCACUGUGACCAUCCCAGUGGGGCCAGAAGUCAAGGGUCAUUGCCAUCGGGGAAUGGAAGGCACUUUGGGAGUCGCUCGGUCAGCAGAGAGAGGAGGAGGAAUCCGGGGAACUUGGUGGAGAAGGAGGCAGAGACAAAAAAGGUGGACGAGGUGUCCAAACCUGAUGAGAGCAGACAGGAUGACAGGAGUGGAGGAGACACUGACCCACCAGAAAAGCAGAGCCACACUGGUGACCAGUGUCUUAAGAAGCAGGAAGAACCUCCUCAGCAAUCAGCCCCGUCUCCUCCUGUCAUCCCAGAGAGCAACAAAGAAGAAAAGGAGAUAGAGCAGGACCAGGACAAAUGUGAGCUUAGCUCCAGUGUUAUCAUCGAGGUGCCCAACGUUCAGUCAUCUUUAGAGCUCUCCACCAUCUCAGUCAACAUCAAGGAUCCUGAAACCUCCAAACCAGAGGAGGCAGAGGAGACAAAGCCUGUCAACACUGAAACCCCAGACAGCAUGUUCAUCUUCAAACCUGACAACCCGGUUCGUCGAGCGUGUCACUACGUGGUGAACCUCAGGUACUUUGAAAUGUCCAUCCUGCUGGUCAUAGCUGCUAGUAGUAUAGCACUGGCUGCUGAGGACCCUGUAGCCACCUCCUCUAACUGGAAUAAGGUUCUGCGGUAUUUUGAUUAUGUGUUCACCGGAGUCUUUACAUUUGAAAUGAUUAUAAAGAUGAUUGACCAGGGUCUGCUCCUCCAUGACGGCUCCUACUUCAGAGACCUGUGGAACAUCCUUGACUUUAUAGUCGUGGUGGGAGCAUUGGUGGCCUUCGCCCUCUCCAAUGUGAUGGGAAAUAACAAAGGACGGGACAUUAAGACCAUCAAGUCUCUAAGAGUGUUGCGUGUCCUCAGACCGCUAAAGACCAUCAAGAGACUUCCUAAACUCAAGGCGGUGUUUGACUGUGUAGUGACGUCUCUGAAAAACGUCUUCAACAUCCUGAUCGUCUACAAGCUUUUCAUGUUCAUCUUUGCCGUCAUCGCUGUGCAGCUCUUUAAGGGGAAGUUUUUCUACUGUACAGACAGUUCCAAGGACACAGAAAAGGAUUGCCAGGGUUACUACAUUGACUAUGGGAAGGAUAAGAAAGAGGUGAAGAGGAGAGACUGGAAGAGACACGAGUUUCACUAUGACAACGUCAUCUGGGCUCUACUCACUCUCUUCACUGUUUCCACUGGAGAGGGAUGGCCUCAGGUUCUGCAGCACUCAGUGGAUGUAACAGAGGAGGACAGGGGUCCGAGCCACGGCAACAGGAUGGAGAUGUCUAUCUUCUAUGUCAUCUACUUUGUUGUCUUUCCUUUCUUCUUUGUAAACAUCUUCGUGGCUCUCAUCAUCAUCACCUUCCAAGAACAGGGCGAUAAGAUGAUGGAGGAGUGCAGCUUGGAAAAGAAUGAGAGGGCGUGCAUAGACUUUGCCAUCGGUGCCAAGCCCCUGACGCGUUACAUGCCCCAGAACCGGCACACAUUCCAAUACCGUCUGUGGCAUUUUGUGGUGUCACCCUCUUUUGAGUACACCGUCCUGGCCAUGAUCGCUCUCAACACCAUUGUACUUAUGAUGAAGUAUUACUCUGCCCCGCCAGCCUACGAGGCCGUACUGAAGCAUCUAAACACAGCUUUCACUGUUCUCUUCUCUGUUGAGUGCGUCCUCAAGAUCAUGGCCUUUGGGUUUUUGAACUACUUUCGAGACACAUGGAACAUUUUUGACUUCAUCACUGUUUUGGGCAGCAUCACAGAGAUUGUGGUAGACUUGCAGUUUGUUGAUACGUUCAACAUGAGUUUCUUGAAGCUGUUCCGAGCAGCUCGACUGAUCAAACUACUCCGACAAGGUUACACCAUCCGCAUUCUUCUGUGGACCUUCGUCCAGUCCUUCAAGGCUUUGCCCUAUGUCUGCCUGCUCAUUGCCAUGCUCUUCUUCAUCUACGCCAUCAUUGGCAUGCAGGUGUUUGGGAACAUUAAGCUAAAUGAGGAGACUCACAUUACGCAGCACAACAACUUCAAGACCUUCUCUGGUGCUCUGAUGCUGCUGUUCAGGAGUGCCACAGGGGAGUCAUGGCAGGAGAUCAUGUUGUCGUGUCUGGGGGGACAGAAGUGUGAGAUGGACACCUCGCUUCCCCCAGCAGUACCAACAUCUGACCAGGAGGGGGGCUGUGGCUCCGACUUCGCAUAUUUCUACUUUGUCUCGUUCAUCUUCUUCAGCUCCUUCCUGAUGCUGAACCUGUUUGUGGCUGUGAUCAUGGAUAACUUUGAGUAUCUGACAAGAGACUCGUCCAUCUUGGGUCCUCACCACCUGGAUGAGUUUGUCCGGAUCUGGGGGGAGUAUGACCGUGCCGCCUGUGGUAGGAUCCACUAUAAGGAGAUGUACAAAGUUGUGCGCACUAUCUCACCACCCCUGGGCUUUGGAAAGAACUGCCCGCACAGGGUGGCAUGCAAGAGACUAGUCUUGAUGAACAUGCCUGUGGACGAUGACAUGUCUGUUCACUUCACCUCCACCCUCAUGGCCCUAAUUCGCACCGCCCUGGAGGUCAAGAUAGCCAGAGGAGGGGAGGAUAGAAAUCAGAUGGACUUGGACUUACAGAAGGAGAUCGGUGUCAUCUGGCCUCAUCUCUCUCAGAAGACUUUGGACGUGCUGGUUCCCAUUCACAAAGCCAGUGACAUGACAAUUGGGAAGAUUUAUGCCGCCAUGAUGAUCAUGGACUAUUACAAGCAGAGCAAGGCCAAGAAGCUCCGACAGCAACUGGAGGAACAGAAACAUGCUCCUAUGUUCCAGCGUAUGGACGCCUCCUCUCUGCCUCCAGAAAUCCUAUGCAAUGCCAAAUCCCUUUCAUUCCUCAGGCACAGUGCCGGAUCUGCUCUCACCAGAGGAGGUUUUCUAGCACUCAGCCCUAUCUCUCCACAAGAGAUGUUCCUGCAGCCGCUGUCGCGCUCCGGGGAGGAGAAGGAGGAGGAGGAUGACGGCGACUAUCGUUCACCCUACCACCCUUACCAUCACCCACAUCACCAGCACCAUCAUUUACAAACACUGGUGCCAGACGUAGUGGAAUAUAAUCAAGUGAUGCAGCAGGCCAGGCAGGACGCAACAGUUAUUAAAUCACCUCAGCGCACAGCAUCCAUCAGAGCUUCCUCCAUGCCCAGACUGGCUUUUGAUCCACUGCCUGGGAUGUCAGCAGACAGUAAGCUGAUAAAGCGCUCCUUCUCUACCAUCGGAGACCAGUGUGUGAACGGCCUCUGGCAGGAGCAGCACUCUCUGGAGAGAGUCAGUCCUGAUGGCUCAUACAGGCCUCGUCAGAGGAGCUACAGAGCUCCUAGAGUCAACCACAAAGAAACAAGCAGUCAUGAGAGAGGGCGAUCUAAGGAACGGCGCCACCUACUGUCUCCUGACGUGUCCCGCUGCAACUCUGAGGAGCGCAGCUACGAUCCAUUGUGUGAAAGAACAAGGUCCCGUUCACCUAGCGAAGGACGCACACACACCUUACAGAGACAGGUAAACACAACAGGCAGCCCUGCUCAUUCAGCCUCAGACUCCGGCACACCUCGUAAUCGACGCCAGCUGCCACAGACACCCUCCCGGCCUCGGCCAUUCAUCUCCUACUCCCCUCUGGUCUGCCAAGCCCACAUCUCACCAGCACCAACAGCCUCCUCUGAGGGACAGACCCAGCCUCAGGAUGGCGCUGGUGGCUCCACUGAGAACUUGUGGAGGGCUGAUAAGGAGGGUGGCCCCCGAACUGGAGGUCAGGGGUCAUUUGGAGUACAGGUGUUAGGACCGAGCAACCCAUCUCCUCACCGCUACAUCUCAGAGCCCUACCUCCCAUUCCAUGAUGACGGAAGCGGUGGAGAGGCAGGAGACGGGCAGGAGACGCUUACUUUUGAGACUGCCAUAGCAACCAGCCUAGGACGGGCCAACGCCAUAAGCUCCGCUCCUCAACUCAGACACUCCUGGCAGGUUCCUAAUGGUCAUUUCCGAAAGCACUUGGGCCAAGCGAAUCCAGCUCAAGCCGGCGAGCUGCUAAGUGACACAGACGAGGACGACCGCUGCUAAAAAGAAAAAAAACAGAGACGAAGGGGAUGCAUAGAGCAAGUGGGCACCUCGGAGAAGCUCCACAAGGCUUUAGCUCCUCUGUGGCUCUGAGAACUUGUAUUCUCAGUACCAGUAGCAUAACAAGCAGGACUGAACUCCAGCGCUCUUUAUCUGGAUAUUUGGGUGUCUGUGUGCAACGUGUUCUUCUGUGUGUGUUUGUUGUAGCUGGAGGGAGGCUGUGUGUGUGUGUGUGUGUGUGUGUGUGUGUGUGUGUGUGUGUGUGUGUGUGUGUGUGUGUGCUCUUAAUAGAGAAAAGUUGCCAAAUCAAGAGAACAGCAGAGACUGACUGUACUAUAAGUAGUUCAUUACAGGCAGACCCCAAGCAUUGCCAAGCCUUCCCACACAAGUUAGUGUUUUGAUUGUUAUUUGAACAAAAUAUGGUGAGACGUCUAUCCAAGGUGUCUUUGAAUCCAAGAAACUGAUCUCAGUGCGUUUUGUGUAGGUGAACAUAGAGGUAGCAUGUAAAAAUGUAAUACACUGAAUGUAUUUUAGCUUUUGGUUCUUAUGUUAAGGUAAUUUGAAAGGGUUGCUGUUAGUGCUGACUGUGAACAAUCGUAAGGGUAGCAGUUUGAUUCUGUCAGAUUUUGCCAAUUUAUAAUUUAAAACAGUUCCUGUUUAAAACAAGAGUAUCCACGUAGUCCAUGGGCAUUAUGCAGUCACUAAUAGUCAAAAUAGAUAGUCACUACAGAAAAUUAUCAGAUUACAGAAUAAGAUAUGUUUUGUCUCAGGAUACUGGACCAUUGUUUUUGAAAAUGUGAAGGACUAGAAGUGUCUUUUACAGGUCUGUCAGCAUGAUAUCAACAUGACGAGACCACCAGUUGACUACAACGACUUUGGCCUGAGGUACAACCAUCUGUAGGACAGACAGUCCGCGUGAAUCUCAAAUGGAUAUUCAUUCUUCACGUUUCUUCUUAAGCCAUUUUCUUCUGGUACAUAGAGCCAGGGACGUGUCUUCUUCGGGUUGUGUAUCCCUCUUUUAUGUGAUGAUGAGAAAUGAAUGUCCUUUUUACAUGUGAUGCAACAUGGAGGCUUUUACAAAAGACAAAUCACAGGCACAGUAUGGUUUGUCUAUAUGUUAACUGCCACAUUGUUUCCGUCACAUUGGAGCCCAUGUUUUUUCUCAGUAGAAACAAGCGUUAUGGAAUUUCUUUGCGCCAGUCGUUAAUAGUAAUUUCCACAUGCAUGAUUAUGGUGACAAUUGGAGAGAGAGAGAGAGAGAGAGGUGUGUCUGUGGCUACCAAAUUGUUCUCAUUGAAAUGUGUCUAUGAUAUUAAAUAGGAUUUUAAACCACCUCACUAACAGAGUAAUAAUGAAACAACAGGCAAAGAAAUGUUAAUACCUUCGAACAUUCCACCUUUAGACCAUUUGUUGUUCCCCUUAAAUAAGAUGUGUAUUUAUACCAUGUGCUGUUGUAUUAAUGUAAUAUGUUGAGUUUGACAUGUUUCUGAAAUGUGAACACAGGACUUAUCUGGAGGAUCCACAGUCCAGAAGAGGUCACACUUCCCUGCAGGAGACUCACUUGGACUGAAAAAGUCGUGUUUUAGCAGAAAAACCUCCAUUGAAGUGUGUUGAUUCAUACAGUUUACAGGUUAGGUUAAGGCUUCAGCCCGUAUGUUAUAGGACCGUGCUUAACAUGUACAGUGCAGCCUAGGACUUAACCUUGAUGUACAGAACAACCUAAUCUGUGCCUGGGGAAGCUCACCCAAAGAGCUCCCUAUCAAGCCUGGUUUUCUUAGAUAAAGAAGCUUUCUGGUAAAUAUGAAGAAUACCUAAAAUAAAUCCAUGUUUAAUUUAUUGCACCAUUUAUAAUUCAUUUGAAUCAUGAUGCCUGUCUAUGACUUUAAAGAAGAAGUGUUUACAUAUCUGUUCAAAGGACCAUUAAAGAGAGAUCACUUGUC